AUGCAACCUGUCAUGACACUAAUCAAGUCUCUUCAGUUUGUGUGGUUUACCGGCCAUGUCAUGACGUUAGCGUGUUCGGCGAUCUAUCUCCUAUUGACGAUCGGUGCCCACCCAAGCAAUCUACUCUACCGAUUGACGUUGUUGAGUGCCUUGGUAUCGUAUGGCAUUGUCGUAUUCAAGUCAUAUGGGAUGCCACGACCAAGCUGGUUAUACGUGCAACAAUUGGCGACGGAUGAGAAUAUGCAUUACUUUGGACUUGCUCUAUUCUGGUUACUCUCGAAUCGUGUUCCAAUCGUGUUGAUCCCGUAUGCAACUUACUCGUGGUUCCACACGCUUUCCUACAUUCGUACGACAUGGAUUCACGACAAGAAAUUGCAACAACAAAUCAAAGCUUGGACAAAUACCAAUUACAGCACCGGCAUGCGAUUUGUCGCCAUCAUUGAAGUCGCAUUCAUCACUGCCAUGCUAUUAUUCGGCGUCUUGAGAUUGCACUUCUUGCCUUUGAUUGUGCAUGGCCACUUUUUACGAUUCCGUUAUUUAUCUUGUUCUUAUACACGCACAGCAUUCCAUGAUCUCGAUCUCAUCAUUGCUCCUCAGGUCCCUGAUCCUUUGAAGCCUACUUAUUCGGCAUUCCGCAACAUGUUGAUCCGAUACGCGCAUCAGUAA